AUGGAGUUGCUGAAGGAUUAUGGUAUUAUCGUUCUUAUCAUCCUAGUAAGGCAAAUGUGGUGGCGCCUUCAGGCAGAAAUACAACAGCAUAGAGUACUGGCUUGUGUUGAGGCGAGAUCAUCGUUGGAGCAGAUUAAGGCGAGCCAGUUUGAGAAUGCGAGUUUGAAUAAGAAUCGUGAUAAAGUCUUGCGUGGUGAGGCCAAGGAGGCCGUGUUUGAUGAUGAGGUUUUCUUGAGAAUCAAGGGGGGUAUUUAUGUUCCCCAUGUUGAUGAUUUGAUUAAGAUAAUUUUAACGAAGGCUCACAGUUAUAGAUAUUCCAUUCAUCCUGGUGCUACCAAGAUGUACCGUGACUUGAAGCGAUCUUACUAG